CAUCUAGUUUAUAGUAAUUAGUUCGUUAUCAACCGUUAAUGUUUGUAUACAUAUUGAUAUUUCUAUAUCUGACCUACAUAAUUAUCUGACUAAAUUUUGAAAAAUGUGAAAUUGAAAGAGGAAGUAAUUGUUAUCAGAAAAUGGCGACGAGUGGGUGUGAAGAAACCUCUGACGAGAUUUUUAACUUCAAAUGUACACCUUGUUCUAGGAUAAAUAGACAAAGAGAAGCAGUGAAAUAUUGCGUGGAAUGUCAGGGAUACUGCUGCCAGUCUUGUGUUGACACACAUCAGGCAUUUCCUACACUAGUAGGUCAUAAACUGCUGGAUAAAUCGACAGGUCUUUCAACAGACUUCCCAGUUGUCCCUACGGAAAUAUGCAGCAUACACAAGAUAAAAAUUCUGGAUAUGUAUUGUGGAACCCACGACGUGGUCGGUUGUACGAGCUGUAUGGCACUAGAACAUAGGAGCUGUGCAGAUGUCCAGCUUAUUUCGGAUAUUGCAGAAACUAUGUUUAAAAAGACGGACACGGAUGAAUUGAAUCUGACAUUAAGGGAGAAGAAGAGUGAAGCGGAGAAGGUUAAAACGUCAAAAGAAGCACUUCUUGAAGAGCUGAAUAAAUCAAAAACGAAUGCAGUCAAUGCCAUAAAAGCUUUUAGAGAAGACGUAGAAAGGAUACUACAAAAUCUUGAAAAAGAAUCGAUUAAAGAAGUGGAGAAAGAGUUCCAAACAAUUGAGACAAUGUUGCUAAAGGAGAUACAGAUAUCUGAAAAUCAGAUGAAAAACCUGUCGAAAGCUGCAAACGACAUGAAACAAUCCGACGGAAAUAUAGCCCAGCAGUUUGUAUCUAUGAAGACAACACAGAAGAGACUUGCUCAAACUGAGGACAUUUUGAACGAUUUAGACACACAGGUACAUGCAAAGGUAUCAUUUGCUGCUGACCAAACUGUUUUGGAAUUUCUACAACAACUGAAGACAUUUGGAUCGGUUAUCCGCAGUACUGUCUACUCUGUCAAAAGAACCAGAAAUAUGAAAGUAAAUGUACCAAGUGACUCAUCUCCUUGCAAUCUAUACGGGUCAUGCUUAACGGAAGAUGGCAAACUACUGCUUCCUGAUUGGAACAAUAAAAAAUUGAAGCGUGCAAACAUUGUAGAAUUGUCAGUUGUAGACUAUUGUGACCUCCCCGAGAAUCCACGUGAUGUAUGCAGCAUAGACAACCAGGAAGCAGUUGUGACUUUAGACAAUAGCACUAUCCAGUUUGUCUCCCUUAGCAAAAAGAUGAUACUUAUGCGUGACAUGAAGCUGAACCAUAAAUGUUUCUGCAUUGCUUACAGAAAUAAGAAACUUUAUAUAAGUGAUAAUUAUAUGUCAAUGUAUGUACAUGAUAUGACAGGUACCUUGCUACAGACGAUAUCUAACGACAGUUCUGGCGAAGAUCUGUUUAAAAGCAGUCGACAUAUUGCUUUCAGCGAUUUUGGAGAUAAAAUAUUUGUAAGCAAUGGUGAAAAAGAGGUAGUAACACUUGACGAACAGGGAAACAAUUUCAGCAGCUUCAAUGUUUCUGAUUUAAACAAUACUACGGGAGUCUGCACAGAUAAACGAGGAAAUUUGUUCGUGUGCGGAGUCAACUCAAAAGAAGUUUUACAGCUAGGACAAAGUGGAACGAAAAUGGGCGUGGUCAUCAAAUCGUCAGAGAGACUGAACCACCCAUGGUCGCUGGCCUUUGAUGUGCGAACGGGGACUCUAUUUGUAAUCCAAUUGUUCGGGGAUACAGUAAAACUUUUUGAUCUACACUAAAAGUAAUGUUGGUUUCUAUCCAUGCCAUUUAAUUCAAACUUGACAAUUUUAUUUAAUUACUCCAAAAGCAAGACAGUGUCUUUACCACGACAUAAGAGCUUGUAAAAACGAAAUGACAACAUAAUUUUUUUAUGAAAUGUAUAUUGUUAUUAUCUGUUACUGUACAUGUCAAUGGUAAUACUGUAAUACUGUACCGGUGAUCAUGUGGAAGUGCGUGAGUUCUAAAAAUAUUAUCUUUCAAUAAAUAUUUGUUGUAAAGAUGGCAAUAUUCUGAGUGUAUUUUUCUAAAUGACUCUCGAUUUUCAUACCAUACAAGUUUUUGUUUAAAAAAUGUCUUAAAUAUUCGAAAAUCAUAAAUAAUCUCAUGUGAAGAAUUACUCCAUUCAUCUGGUAUACAGAAAUUUGAUGGUUUUACCCAGGUUCCCGUCCAUGGCGGAAGGGGCACAUGCAGUCUUCCUAAAACAUUCAAUUGUUGUUUUAGUAGGUUGUACGUCGCGCCAGUUUUAUGUCAUAUGGUAACUUUCAUUUUUCAUGGUGUCAAAAGACCCCAGGUGCCAUUUUGGGUGUUAUUUCAGGUAUGAACGAGCAUCUUAGUUGUAGAACCAACCUUGCACAGGUCACGAGUUAAACGCUAGCAUCCAAAAUUAGUUUUCGGAUGGUAAUACCUACUUGAAAUUGUAACGUUAUUGAAAAUAAAUUUUAUUGUUGCUGCGCAUGUCUAACUGGAACGCGAUAACACAACAUUUAUAUCGUCCCGUCUUGAUCUCGAUCUAGGCACCAUAGAAUCUAGUAGCUUUCUAACACGGUGCUAUUUGCACUGUCGCCCGCGUGGACACCACGAUAACACGAUUUAAUAGCAUAACAACACGACUCCAUACCACGACACCACGAUGCGACAGCUAUACAAAACGAUGCGAUAACACAAUAUUCUAACAACACCCGAUUUGUUUUCCUAUUAAACACUACUGUAUGUGUUAUUUUCAACAUUUUUAUGACGUCUUAAUUAUAACGUCUUAGCGUUAGAAGGUAUAGUGCCGCGCUGGAAAAGAAAUCAUCAGAAAUACCGCACA